AUGGAUGCCUUUGACUUCCCCGCCGACUUUGACCUUACUCUGCGGUCGUCUGCCUCUCGGUCCCCUGGCGACCCUUUCCGAUGCUGGGAACCGACAGCUCUAGAGUCUUGGGACGCUCUCUUCGAUUCUUCUCGGCCACUCAUCUUCUUUGACCAGCCGCCGUCACCCACAGAUACAUGCGCGUCCGCGUCAUCGUCCGCGUCGUCGCCAGGCAUGCUAUCCCCCGGCGGCCCUGCGCACGUCAUAUGCAAUGCUCCGCUCGUCGCUCCGGUCCCACUCCCAUAUCACAGCCCCACGUUUCUCCAAUUCGAAAGUUUACCCGACAUCGACGAGGAUCUCUCCCAUCCUCCGUACACUUGCCGCCCGAAUGUCUUGAAACGCAAGUGGGAGCCGGAACCCGAGUUGUCCGCACGCGAACGACGACAGAAACCACGCCAAUCCAUGUCUGGGCGACCUGUUUCAUCCGCGCUGGUCCAUCCAGCUCGAGCUCGCCUCACUAGGGGUCGUUGA